AUGCGCCUCCAAAGCCCGUGCCUCCCAAAGAAGAAGAUAAGAGCCUUCCCUCUACCUCGAGUCCCGAUGAGCCACACGAGACACGUUGGGAUAGCUUUUCAGGGGGGGCCCACUAUAAGAGCAUAUGGAAGACCUGGUCAGGCCAACCCGCACAACGCGAAAUUCCAUAAACCGUCCGGGUCAGCCGCGUCCAAUAUCUUGCAAUGGGGACGCGAGCAGCUCCAGCCAAAGAAGAAGUUUGCGCAGGCUCGCAGUCGAAUCUCGAGCUUUUCCAAGAACGAUCCUACCGACUCGAAGGAAACCCAAGGACGAUCCUCACCACCAUAUGAAUCCUCGCGAGCAGAGCAACCAGCUAUCACUCCCAACGGCCGAGAAAGCCCUUUUGACUCAAAUGAAUACCUUGGUUUUGUGCCUACUACUGUGACGACUAUCACUCCUGGAGGGCGAGGACGAGAACGAUCGACAGAGAGGCCUUACAGUAGAUUGCGUCGCGAUAGGUCCUCAGAGCCGAAGAGGGAGCUUAAUCUAGGUACACCCGCAGACACGGUGCGGCGUGAGAAGCCUAGUGUUCGAUUUGGCUCGACAACAAUUCUUCCAGAGAUAGAGACUCGGGCUUCCAGCCUCGCAGAUAGUCCGCGAGAUAAGUCUAAUCAAGAUCCACCAGCAACUGCCCCAGAAGUCUUCAAGUCCUCGCAGAGUACCCCGGUGAAUGCUUCGCGCAGUGUCCAAGAGCCCGCUCGAGAGGGCACUCCAGAGGGUGUUUCUGUACCCAGUUCCACUGAGGACUUUGCCUCCAUCAUGUCCCGACGGCGCCCGAUUCCCAAUGCGAAUGUGCUUCCAUCGUCUCGAAAACCAGUUCGCAAACCGACCCCUUCAGAAACGGCCUCAGGGCCCAGGGCCUCUCCUCAGCCGCAAAACGCUGAAGAACCAAAAGAUCCACGAGAUCCUCAGAGCCGUAUCAGAAUCAUGGAGGCUAAGCGAAGAGAAUUGGAGAAGCGCCGCAUGAGCUUGGAAACUCUAGUCAAUGAAUUGACACGAGCCAUUCAACCUGGUCCUGGCGCCUUGUCGUACGACAUGGCUGCCAAGGCAGAGGUCAAGAAGAGCCUUCAAAGUAUGGAAAGUGAAAUUGCCGAGAUCAAGCGUGAAGAGCAUGAGAUUGGUUUUAAACUUAGUAGGGCUUGGAAACGGUGGGACGAACAGGAAAACAAUGGUGAUGGUAGCAAUCUGUGGAUCAAGCGUGUGACUAGUUAA